ACGUUCUACAAAAAAUGGAAUAUCGUCUCAGAAGUCCUACGAAUAAAAUUUUAAAUUAACCUAAACAUAAAGAGAAAAAAAUUAUUAUGUCGCAGGCAACAGGGAUGGAUAAUCCAGCUUACAAGAAAUCACAGUCAGAUUUGUCCUCAACGCCAGAAGAUGAUUUUUGGCAAAAUACCACUACAGAUGCUGAUGCAGAAGAUCCAAAUGCACCCAAGCGAGAUAAUUGGGGAAAUGACCUGGAAUUUUUAAUGUCCUGCAUUGCCCUCUCCGUUGGCUUGGGUAAUGUGUGGCGAUUUCCAUUCAUUGCUCUGCAAAAUGGCGGUGGAGCCUUUUUAAUACCCUAUCUCAUAACGCUUGUGUUGGUGGGCAAACCAAUCUAUUAUUUGGAAAUGAUCAUGGGACAAUUUUCAAGUCGUGGAAGUGUCAAGGUAUAUGACUAUGCGCCCAUUAUGAGAGGCAUUGGUUUUGGCCAGUUUAUUGCUGUAUUUUUAAUAGGCACUUUUUAUUCCUCUCUAAUGGCUUUGACAUUACGUUACCUGAUUGAUUCCUUCUAUGCCAUAUUGCCUUGGAGUUAUUGUCGCGAAGAAUGGGGUGACAUGUGUAUAGACUCCAAUUACAAAGCCCAAUCCGAAAACCAAAAGCUGGACGAAGGCAUUGGCCUGAAAAAAACUUCUGCCGAGUUUUAUUUUGUCAAUAUAAUUCUGCGGGAGAAGGACAACAUCGAUGAUGGCAUUGGAGUACCCAAUUGGACACUGGUUCUUACUUUGGCAUUUUCAUGGCUAAGCAUUGCAGCCGUUGUCUUUAAGGGUAUCAAGAGCUCGGGCAAAGCCUCCUACUUCUUGGCCAUAUUCCCCUAUGUGGUCAUGCUGAUACUUCUCAUACGCUCGCUAACAUUACCAGGAGCUUUUGAUGGGGUUCUAUUUUUCCUAAAGCCUCAAUGGGACAAGCUACUCGAUGCCAAAGUAUGGUAUUCUGCUGUUACUCAAGUCUUCUUCUCGCUGUCUAUUUGUUAUGGAAGUAUUGUCAUGUAUGCCUCUUAUAACCGUUUUCAGCACAACAUCAGGAGGGAUUGCAACAUUGUAGCCACAUUGGACACAUUGACCUCAUUACUUUCGGGUAUCAUAAUAUUUGGCAUUCUGGGCAAUUUGGCCUAUGAGUCGAAUACCAAUGAUGUUCAGAGUGUAGUAAAGGAGGGUCCUGGACUGGCAUUUAUUUCUUACCCCGAUGCCAUAGCAAAGUUUAACGCUGUACCACAAGUAUUCUCUGUUUUGUUUUUCUUGAUGUUGUUCAUAUUGGGUGUUGGCACCAAUGCCGGUGUUUUUUCAACAGUCAUCACUGUGAUAUGUGAUCGGUUUACAACGGCCAAACGUUGGAUGGUCGUACUUGUUACGGCUGUGGUUUGUUACUGUUUUGGAUUGAUGUAUGUAACACCUGGAGGUCAGUUCAUGCUGAGCUACAUAGAUUUUUAUGGUGUUACUUUUGUGGCUAUUGUUUUGGCCAUAUUCGAGUUGAUAUCGGCGGCCUGGAUUUAUGGUGUUAAAAAUAUUUGUCGCGACAUUAAGUUUAUGCUAAAUGUCAAUACCUCGAUUUAUUACCGCAUCUGUUGGUCUAUCAUAACGCCAAUUUUUGUAACUGCUAUUUUAAUUUACAUGUUGGUUGAAUAUGAGCCGCUGCAAUAUAAUGGUGUACCAUAUCCUGAUGAAUUAUAUGUCAUUGGUUGGUGCAUCUCAGCGGUUGGCAUAGGCCAACUUCUGAUAUGGGGUUUCUAUGCCUGGCACAAUGGGCCUUCAGAGCUAAGCUUUAGUGAGCGAUUUAAGCACGCCUUUAAACCAUUGCCGGAUUGGGGCCCACGUAAUCUAAAAAAUUUGAAGCGGUAUCAGCAAUUUGUUGCAGACCAUCAAACGCUGUCGGGGCAGAAAAAUGGAUUUUGGGCAAAGUUUUAUGAUAAUAUUUUCGGCGCAUAG